UCGCCACCAGAACAGGAUUUUAAGAUCUGGGAAUUUGUUUCACGGACAUGUUCUUUUUCAUCUACAUGCCUAUCUCUUGUUGACACCCUACUGAGUCUGCUAUUUCAUUCAGAUCGCAGUAUCCAGGUUGUUUGUGGUCUCACUCUCCCAAGACCUUUCAUUAGCAAGGGACGACCAGGCAUUCCAGCUUCACUUCCAUCAUGCCCGACCCAGCUCAGCUACCAGUAGAGCUUUUCAGCAGCAUCCUUGAAAAUGUAAUCGAUAGACGGAAGAAUACCCACCCAUCGCCCAUCGUCAUGCGCGGUGUCAGCCAUCGAUGGAACCAAGUUUCAUCCAGGCUAUUCUACCAGUCCUACCGGUACCGCAAAGGCGAUAAAGCGCAGUCUGUAUGGGAUUUCAUGCGGACUAUCUUCACGAAUCCCGAGUUGGCAUCGCUCGUGAAAACCCUUGAUAUCCGGGCCUGGGGAUGCUGCGACAAUCAUCGGGAUGCAAAAUCAACUCAUUUGUUUGAGUUCAUGUCUGCUGAUGAUGAGGACUUUCUUCAAGAAUGCCUUGUUAAGGCUGGAUUUGGGGGCCUCGAGGCGCAGGCUCUUCGAUUCAUCGCGAAUGAAGAUUGUGCCCCUAUUAUGGCGCUUCUUGCUGCUUCCAUGCCGAAUCUGAGGAAGCUGUUUGUGCAAGUGCCGAAGAAUGAUCCCUUCUUCGGAAGGCUGAUUAAGCUGGCAGUUGGCGACAAGGACAGCAAGUCUUGCACGAGGCCACUGCAAAAGCUAGAGAAAGGUUGCUUUGCCGUUCAGGGGGAUUACGAUGAAUACCGCAGGAUGUGUUACAAAGCAGACAACUUGCUUCACUUUGACAUUUAUCAUACUCCUCUCAAGGAGAUGGCUCCCAUAUUCUACCUGCCCAGAUUGAAAAGCCUGACGCUUGUGAGCUCUCUUUUUGCCAACGCAAAGGAGAUUCUGAAAUUUCGCCCAAUAGAGUCUCUCACCCAUCUCGCCGUGGCGCUCGACCAUAGAGCGAACCCCAGCGAUCUCCGGGACAUAUUAGAGCUCACCAGAAACCUGACUAGCUUGUGGAUCAACGCCCCAGAUUGGAGCAAUGUGCCCAACCCCCAUGAGACCAGACACGCAAUUUGGGAAAGCGCCGCAGUGAGAAAGGAUACCUUGACCGAGCUCCGCAUCUACGAAGAACGACAAAAAGAACUAGUGGAGCCAGCAGUGACUUCUCGGGGACAAGGAUGUGUGUGGUGCUGUCCUCUGCUAUCGUUCCACAACCUUACAACGAUCUCCAUUUCGCCGGAGUACCUGUUUGCCAUUUGCGACCAUGAGAAGCAGCCGUUCAAGCUUGAAAAGCACCUCUCGUCAUCACUCGAGGCUCUUACUCUGUAUCCAGUUGGGACACCCGAGAAAACUUCAAACAAUCUCUGGGACAAGGUUGUAUGCGUGAUGUAAAGCGGAUUGUCCGAUAUCGAAUUCAUCAAGCCGAGCACAGAGGUCGAAGGGAUUGUGCAAAUUAUCCAGAAGGGAAAUAUGGUUUCCCUAGGAUAUCGAUACGACCCGGCCUGGAGGACUUUUGCGAAGGUAUUGUCCCUUGGCG